AUGAACGGUUUUCGUUCGGCUCAAUCGUGUCAUCUUUUACAAUUUACCCAACGGGAGCGUCGGCGUGCUCGCCAAAGAACUCCUUUUGGAGACGAGGAUGUACAGGUCGUUUUUGCUGGCAUGGGAAUAAGCAGCGUCUUUCAACGGCGUUUUGGAUCUAAUCGACGCACCGCACUGUUCUAUCACACUGAUAUGCUUAACCACGCUAAUUGGCUCCAUGAGAACUGUCCCGAGUGCCCAGAUCGAUUGAAAAUCGCGUAUCAACGAUGUAGUGAAUUCGGUCUCGUGGAUCGAUGUCUCCUAAUUCAGCCUCAGCCUAUAAGUGAUGAAUUGCUACGUUUGGCACACACACAAGAUUAUAUUGACGCUGUGGCUGCCACCGUUGAAAUGAGCGAUGACGCAAGGUUUGAGUAUGUGAAAAGGUUUGACAGCGCCUUUUUUAACAAGGACACUCACACCGCAGCCCGUUUGGCCGCUGGUGCUCUGACCCAUGCGGUCGAUGUUGUAACCCGGGGAGAUACCAGAAAUGCGUUCUGUCUGGUGAGGCCACCAGGUCAUCACGCAAUGAAAGAUGAACCGUGUGGUUACUGUGUUUUCAAUAAUGUUGAAAUCGCAGCUAAGCAUGCAUUACGUCAGCAUGAGGCAAAUAGAAUUCUGAUCGUUGACUGGGACAUCCAUCAUGGUCAAGCAAUGCAAUAUGCCUUCUAUGAUGACCCAAGGGUUCUCUACUUUUCCAUUCAUCGUUAUGAUCAAGGAAACUACUGGCCUUCUUUGCGUGAAUCAGACUACGAUUUUGUUGGCCAAGGACCCAGUUAUGGAUAUAACAUCAAUAAAGACUACUCAGAUAUUGACUAUUUGACCAUAUUCAACAUCCUUCUGAUGCCCAUCGCAUACGAGUUUGGUCCUGAUCUCGUAAUCGUUUCUGCCGGUUAUGACUGUGCUCUUGGUUGUCCUUACGGCUGCUUUUCCUUAUCUCCGGCUGUUUUCGCCCACUUAACCAACCGUCUUAUGGUUUUGGCAGAUGGCAAUGUGAUAGUUGCACUGGAAGGUGGUUAUAAUGUGGAAUCCCUCAGUGAUGGUGUGGCGCACACGAUAUCUGCUCUAUUAGGUGAUCCCCUGCCUUCACUCGAGUCUCUAAAACCGGUAUUAUCAGGCACCAAGGAGGCAAUAAGAAAGUGUGUUUCUGUUCUGCGAACGAAGUGGAAAAGCCUUAACAUUUUCCCUAUCAAACAAGCGCUGUCUCCCAAGGAUAUGUCCGGCCUCAGUACUAAUACCUGGAAAACAGUGAUGGUGCCGACCACUGACGUGGAGCCCUGCCGUCGAAGUGAAGAUGAGGUUGCUGCUGCGAACAAAAAACUUGCCGACCUCAGAAGGAUCUGCUCCUUUACCGAAAUGACUGAUCAGCAAAGAGCAUGUCUCGUCUACGACAGUCGUAUGGAAAAUCAUAAAAGCGAGCUUGAACGCCAGCAGCCUGAAUGCCCGGCACGGACUCGCCGGGCCUAUGAAUUGUUGGAGGAGUAUGGUCUUGCAAGGCGAUGUAAACGAACUGAGGCUCGUGUGGCGAGUGAGGAGGAAUUACUUCGUAUUCAUAGUCAGGAGUACAUCGAUGCACUGAAGAACACAGCUACAAUGCCACAAGCAGCUAUCAACGAGUUUGCUGAGCGCUUCCAAUCCCACACGUACGACUCUGCCUCACUUGCUGCCGGUUCCCUCCUCUCUGUUGUUGACGAUAUAUGCAGCGGCGAGGCGUUGCAUGGCGUGGCUGUGAUCCGGCCACCUGGUCACCAUGCGGAAUACGACCGGUGCAUGGGCUUCUGUUUCUUCAAUAACGUCGCUCUGGCUGUGCGCCAUGCUCAAGAAUCCCAUGGACUAAAAAAAAUUGCUGUUAUUGACUGGGAUAUACACCACGGUAAUGGCCUUCAGCACAUCUUCGAAAUGGAUCCCAAUCUACCAAUGGCUAUUGAUUUGGCGUUUCAUGAUUUCAGCGUUCUCUGUCUUUCAAUUCAUCGCUUUGAUGAAGGGCGCUACUUCCCCAACUCUCCUGAUGCUGACACCGCAUUUUGUGGGGAUGGUGAAGGCGUUGGAAAGACUGUCAAUAUACCUUGGAAUGGGGGAGGAGUGGGUAUCUCUAUGGAGUGUUUCGGUCACUUGACUCAUCUUCUAGUCGCCACAUCGACACUGAAUAACCCAGUGGAGGCAGAGACAGAGCGGAGACGUCGGGGUGUCAUUUUGGCCCUGGAGGGCGGCUACAACCUCACAGCCACUGCUGAGGGUCUCAGUCACUGCGUCGCCACGCUACUUUCCGACACCUGCCUCCGGUUGCCCAGCGGCCUUGCGCCCACCGAUAAAGGUGCAGCGACCAUUCGCAGAGUUGUUGAAGUUCAAAAGAACCACUGGACAUCUCUGUUUGAUUACAGUCCAAUGGCCUGCCAUUUGGAUCAAUUGACGAAUACACGUCUGCAGGCCGUGACUACCUCGUCAAUCACUGCGGCCACUCCAACCACACAGGCCUCCACCGAAAAUCACACGGGCACAGAAGCGACAGUCGCGGCGACCACUAACGUCGCAACCGGUGUCUCCUUUGACUCCACCUCCUCGGCUUCCCUCUUCUCUCCUUAUGUCUCCCUCUCUACCACCACCAUUCAAGCCGAACUUAGUAUACCUGCUGCACAGGAAGUCGUGAUGGCGUUUGAAGCGCCUCAGCCAGCAUCACCACCUCCUGCCAACAGUGAUGCCGAUUCCAAUUCGCAGGAGGUUGCAAGCUCCCAGCCACAGCAGCACCCGACGACAUCAGCUACGGCAGCAACUGUCUCUGACUUGUCUAUGGGAGCAGUUCCACUCUCUGAUACACCCCAGCCCGUCGCUGGACCCUCAGCUGAACGCUCCACCAACCGAGUGGAUUCUGGGAUGCUUCGUCAACUUGUUCACUUCGCUGACGCCGGCAUUGAAGAUCUGGGUUCCUUCCUUGGACUGAACUCUAGUGAUCCGACACCAAAUCGGUUGUUUGCCGUAGAACCGAUUCUCUGGUGUCCCCACUUAGGCCAGGUCACGUCUGCCAGUCAGUGGCGUCCUGAGGUUACACACCCCUGUACACGAUGCGAAAGUCGCCACGAAAACUGGGUCUGUCUCACGUGUUAUGAGGUAUACUGUGGACGUUAUGCUCAAGGACAUAUGUUAGAGCAUUACAACACCACUCAGCAUUCCAUCGUUCUAAGUUUGGCUGAUCUCUCCGCGUGGUGCUAUGUGUGCAACAGUUACAUUCACAACGAGAGGCGAAACAAGCACUCCAUCUGGCCAAAUUCGGAGUGGUUAUGCCUACUUGACUUCCAGUUCCGCCACCGCGUUCUUGAAGUGCGUCCGCAGGACGUAUUUCACCUCUACUGUUAA